AUGCAGCGAAAAGGCACAGACACGCCACGUCGAAGUGCACGCCUAAAGAAGAUUUCAGGGGCUCUUGAUUCAGAAAUCCCAAAAUCCCACUCAAAAAGCACGGCAAAUGUCAUUGACGCAUGUCCAGAGGAUGAAAUUGUCAUCCCGUGGCAACCUGGGAACAUGACAACAUCAGCCAUCAACAAAGCCCUGGAUAUUCCUGAGAUUCUAGAGAUGAUCCUGGCCCAGGUAGACAUGCGCACGCUUCUCACAUCCCAAAGAGUCUGUCGCAACUGGGUGGCUGUGAUUAGCAAGUCGCCGUCAAUCCAAAAGGCCCUCUUCUUCACUCCGAUUCAGGACUCUGAAUGGGGAAUGGAGAAAAAGAUACUCAACCCGCUGUUGAUGGAGACUUUUCUUUUCAUAUUUUCCAAUAAGGACAGAAGAAAUUGUUGCGGAGUUGAAGUUUCCGUCAAUCCCUAUGAGGAAAACCCACCAUGGGGUCGUAUAUACGACUAUUCUGUCCUUCUCCCCAGGAAUAGCAAGACCUGUUGCGGACUCAACUUUUACCACUUGACCAUGGCCAAAGAUGCUUCGACCAUGGCUCGUUUUGUGCACAAGGACGCAACCUGGCGCAAGAUGUUAGUCCGGCAGCCUCCUAUCUUGGAGAUUGGACUUCUCCAUUAUACUUGCAUAUUCAUGGACGAAAGCCUCAGAAGCUCUAGUAUCCCAGCGAGUCAAGAGAUGCAAAAAGCCGGAUACGAUGGGAUUCGGAUGGAAAGACUUUUCGAGCUUUUGCUCUUCAACGAACGGGUUCAAUCCUCUGGUAGGGAAGCACAGGUAUAUUGGUCUGCUGAGGAGUUGACCAUAUCCGAUGAAUGGAGCCACAAGAGCUUUAACAAUGAGUUUCAUCAGAUGAUGAGCAAGUUUGGCUUGAUUGUUUAUACGCGCCAAAUUAUAGCUAUUGCUGUUUGUGGUGGUUGUGACUAUCCUCUAAAGGUCACGGAGGUCACUAGGAGCGAUAUUAUCGCGGCAUAUAGAAAAGGCCAUUUAGGUAUCAAAUCUAGAAAAAGGGCUAUCAAAAAAGCAGAGGUUGAAAUUGGUGUCCUCAAAGAGGAUGGAGGGGAUUUGUGA